GUGCUCUCAUAACACAGUCACCACUCGUUUGUGUCCAUUGUUGUGGUCACUGAAGACACUGAAGACACCAUUUGUUUGACUAUUUUGUGCUCAAUUUAUUUUAUACAUAUCAUUAAACGUGUAUUUCAUUGAUAUCUAAUCGCCAAUUGAUCCCAAGAUGUCAUCGGUGGUGAGGUUUAGGCGCAUACGCGAUGACAGCCAUUACAUCUAUUUAGACAUUGAAUUAGACUUCGAGAGCGGAGACAAAACGGUGCCACCAAUUGGUGUCCGACAGUACAAACUGAUGAUAAUGUCGUCCAUUAGGUCACUGUUUGGUGACUUCGGGGCCAAACUUCUGGUCGAUUUGAUCCAAUACAGAGACCGAGACUUUCGGGCUAUCAUUAGGAGUAACGCCAAGUAA